CAUUCAUAUUCGUAGUCUUGGUCUAGAAUCGGUCGCCGAAAGAAGUGCAGAGGAACGCCACGCCACGUCCAUCCAUUCGAGAAGAAAGAAGUUUUCUGGACCGAAAAUUGUGUGAUUUGUUGUGCCGGGAACAAUAAUUACAGCACGCAAGUGUUGCACCGGAAAGGGCGCUACCAUGAAGUACCUGCUGCUUCUGAUUGUGGGAGUUUUCCUGUUUGCAGGAAUCUCCUCGGUCCGCGCGGAGGACGAUGCUGACAUCGAGGACCUACCGGUCGUCGAGAUGAACCUGGGCGCCUCCAAGGAGGGUUCCCGAACCGAUGCCGAAGCCGUACAGCGCGAAGAGGAAGCCAUCAAACUGGACGGCCUGAACGUAUCCCAGAUCAAGGAACUGCGCGAAAAGUCGGAAAAGUUCACCUUCCAGGCCGAGGUCAACCGGAUGAUGAAGCUGAUCAUCAACUCGCUGUACCGCAACAAGGAAAUCUUCCUGCGUGAGUUGAUCUCGAACGCUUCGGAUGCUCUGGACAAGAUCCGUCUGCUGUCGCUCACCGAACCGGGCGUGUUGGACUCGAACAGCAACCUGGAGAUCAAGAUUAAGGCCGAUAAGGAUGGCAAGGUGCUGCACAUUAUCGAUACCGGUAUCGGCAUGACAAAACAGGAUCUAGUCAACAAUUUGGGAACGAUCGCCAAGUCCGGAACGGCCGAUUUCCUCUCGAAGAUGCAGGAAACGAAGACGGAGACGCAGGAUGUCAACGACAUGAUUGGACAGUUCGGUGUCGGUUUCUACUCGGCUUUCCUGGUGGCUGAUCGCGUGGUCGUUACCACAAAGCACAACGAUGACGUUCAGUACAUCUGGGAGUCGGAUGCCGCCAGCUUCAGCAUCGUUGAAGAUCCUCGUGGAAACACUCUCCAACGUGGUUCGCAAAUCUCGCUGCACCUGAAGGAAGAGGCCCAGGACUUCUUGGAGGAGGACACCGUCAAGCAGCUGAUCAAGAAGUACUCGCAGUUCAUCAAUUUCCCCAUCUACAUGUGGACGAGCAAGGAGGUUGAAGAGGAAGUUCCAGUCGAGGAAGAGGUCACCGAAAAGCCCGAGAAGAAGGACGAAGAUCUGACCGAGGAAGAGGACGGAAAGGUUGAGGAAGAGGCCGAAGAAGAGAAGCCAAAGACCAAGAAAAUCAAGAAGACCGUUUGGGACUGGGAAGUCAUGAACGACAGCAAGCCAAUCUGGACGCGUAAGCCGAAUGAUGUGACGGACGAAGAGUACACCGAGUUCUACAAGAGCCUGACCAAGGACACUUCGGAUCCAUUGACGCACACUCACUUCGUCGCCGAAGGUGAAGUGACCUUCAAGUCGUUGCUGUUCAUCCCGAAGGUCCAGCCAUCGGAGAGUUUCAACAAGUACGGAACCAAGUCGGACAACAUCAAGCUAUACGUGCGACGUGUGUUCAUCACCGACGAGUUCAACGACAUGAUGCCCAACUACCUGAACUUCAUCCGUGGUGUUGUCGAUUCCGACGACCUCCCGCUGAACGUUUCUCGUGAAACGCUCCAACAGCACAAGCUGAUCAAGGUCAUCAAGAAGAAACUUGUCCGCAAGGCACUCGAUAUGAUCAAGAAGCUGGACAAGGAAACGUACGACAAGUUCUGGAAGGAGUUCUCCACCAACAUCAAGCUCGGCAUCAUGGAAGACCCCAGCAAUCGGUCGCGUCUGGCCAAACUGUUGCGCUUCCAGUCGUCUAACAGCAAGAGCUCCAAGGAAUACACCAGCCUGUCCGAUUACGUCUCCCGCAUGAAGCCAAAGCAGGAACACAUCUACUUCAUUGCCGGUUCCAGCCGUGCCGAAGUCGAGAAGACUCCAUUUGCCGAACGUCUGCUUUCGCGUGGCUACGAAGUCCUCUAUCUGGUCGAAGCCGUCGACGAAUACUCCAUCUCCGCUCUGCCCGAAUUCGAUGGCAAGAAGUUCCAGAACAUUGCCAAGGAAGGUUUCGUGCUAAACGAAUCGGACGAAGCCAAGGCCAAGUUCGAUGAGCUGAAGACCGAAUUCGAACCACUGCUGAAGUGGUUGAACGAUGUCGCUCUCAAGGACAAGAUUGCCAAGGCUCUGGUAUCGGAACGUUUGUCCAACUCCCCUUGUGCCCUGGUCGCUUCCAUGUUCGGCUGGACCGGAAACAUGGAACGUCUGGCUCUGGCCAACGCUCACCAGAAGACCGACGAUCCUCAACGCCAGUACUACCUGAACCAGCGCAAGACCCUCGAAAUCAACCCUCGCCAUCCUUUGAUGCGGGAAUUGCUGCGCCGCGUGGAAGCCGAUUCCGACGAUGUCGUCGCCAAGGAUAUGGCCGUGCUGAUGUUCAACACCGCCACUCUGCGGUCCGGAUUCCAGCUGCCGGAAACGGCCGACUUUGCCGACAGUAUCGAGCGAAUGAUGCGCCAAACGUUGGGAGUGUCCCAGGACGAACAGCCGGAACCGGAGGAAUUUGUCGAGGAGGACAGCGCCGACGCGGCCUCCCAGGAAGAGGAGGAAGAGGUCAACGCCGAUGAUGACGCCGAGCAUGACGAACUGUAAAAUCUACACAAAUCAAGGAUGGACGUGAAGGAAUGACUGGAGGGCGUGAAUGUGCGAGGACGGAUGAAUGUGUAGAAAGGACUGAUUUUAAACCGAUAAGCGCGUCCUGUAAUUCCAAGUUAGUCGAGGGUAGGAGCAUAUUUUUGUUGCUCCGCUUGACCCUACAGAGUUAAGCCGUGUCCGUACGUUAUAGUGAUUAGUAACUAAUUUGCAUUUCGUAUAAUAGCCGAAGGACAGUGUUCUUUUGUUUAGUUUUUCUUUGUUUUGGUUUAUUAAAAUGUGUUUCAAACAUAUAGAAUUGUAUAUUUAUUGAGCUGUACAAAACAAGAUCAUCACCGGAGAAUUUUUGUUUGGUGUCCGUGCAAAGCGAUGAUCCAGCCGUAUGAACAUCUAGAUUCUAUUCAAAUUGAUGGUAGCAUAAAUAUAUGUGAGCGGAUGAGUUGAAAAAAAUAAAUGAUGUAUGAAAUAUGGAA